AAGGAUGUUGGCUUUCUGCUGGAACCACCAAGCAGGUUGAGUUGAGAAACAAUUAGCUUAGUCAGCAAACUUUGACCCCCAUUAAUCCAGGAAAUGGUCACUCCAGGACAGGGCAGAAUGAAGGGAAUCAAGGCAGAAUCUCUGAAACAAGGAAUGAUUUUUCCUUCUCUUUCUCUCUCUGAAACAAACUAGUAUUAGAAUUUGUUAUGUCAAAUUUAUGUCAAGGAUUAUUUCAUUACAUUCAACCUUUGGUGAAACAAAUAGAAUCUUGUUUCCAGUUAGAUCAACGGUUAACAUGUGUCAUGGCUACUGUCUCUAAGAAACUUCUGUUUAUCGAGGCCAGUCAUACUCUCAUGUUUUGGUAACAAAACAUCCGUUGAGACCAAGGACUCAAGUCACAGAGGGAAAUGAAGGGCCUAUACCAGGCUGCUGGCUGGGUUCUCGCCACUCUGGGGAGUCUCAGUGUAUGUUCCGGAGUCAUUGCUUUCUUCCCCGUCUUCUCUUCCAAGCUUUGGUUCACAGGAUGGAGUGUUUGGAUUGCUUGUCCCAUCUGGAAUGGAGCUUUGGCCAUCACGGCUGGUAUCCUUCUACUGUUGGCUUGCAAAGAGUGGACCCAGAGAUACCUGUGGGAAGCUAGUUUCACCUUUGUGAUUGUGAGCAUUAUGGGAUGUCCACUUCAUUUUGCAAUAGCCUUGGAAUCUGCUCUCCUAGGCCCAUAUUGCUUCUACUCAUUUUCAGGGACUGCAGGGACCAAUUACCUUGGUUAUGCAGUUGCCUUUCCAUUUCCAUACACACAAUUCCCAUCAAUUUGUGUGGACCCACCACACUAUGAAGAGUACCACCUGACACUUCAAGCCCUCGACCUGUGCCUGAGCUUUGCCCUGCUCUGCACAUCCCUGACAGUGUUUGUCAAGCUUUCUGCAAGACUUAUCAGGAAUGGACACAUAAACGUAAGUUUCAACAGAGGGGAGCAGGUUCUUGUUCCAUUCUGAAUGCUAAAAUGGAAGGUCUGGUAUAUUGUGGUUCCCAGAUAUAUCCCCAAGGAUAUAUCUGGCCUGUUAGGGACUGGGCCACGUAGCUCUGCUGCUCUCCACUCCUGUCCUCUUCUCCCUGUGUGUGGAAAAAUUGUCUUCCAUGAAACUUGGACCACACAGCAGGAGGUGAGCAUAAGGCAAGCAAACGAAGCUUCAUCUAUGUUUUGGGCCUGCUCCCCAUCACUCACAUCACCGCCUGAGCUCUGUCCCCACCCCAUCCCUGUCCAUGGAAAAAUUGUCUUCCAUGAAACGAGUCUCUGGUGCCAAGAAGAUUGGGGACUGCUGUAUGUGAAUACUUAAUCUCUCUCUGUUAUUCAUCUCUGUAUCCUGUAAGCCCAUGCUAUCCCAGGUCUGGUAUAUGAUAGGUACUCAAUAAUUGUUUUUGAAUGAAUGAAUGUAAAUAUGUAAUGUUUUGAAUUACAAUGUAAUGUAAUGUAAUGUUUUGAAUGUAAAUAUGUAAUUGUUUUUGAAUGAAUGAAUGUAAAUAUGAUGAUGUUAUAACUGAAGGGAUGGCUGUAGGUAGCACCAGCCAAUUAUUAUCUCAAUUUUAAAAAUUAUUCAUAGAAACAAGAUAAACAUGCCCCCUCUCACCACUUCUAUUCAACAUAGCUCUGAAGUACUAGUGGAGCAAUUAGGCAGGAAAAAGAGAAAAAAGGCAUCCAAAUCAGAAAAGAAGGUGUAAAAUUGACUCUCUUUAUAGAUGACAUGAUCAUGUAUAUAAAAACCCUAAAGACUCCAACAACAAAAAAAUGAUAGAACUAAUAAACAAAUCAGAUAAUGUUGCAGGAUACAAA